AUGACUCCUGAUGCCUCGGCUGCGGCUGCGGCUUUGGCUUCGGCCCCCUCCUCCUCCCCCGCCACCCCUUGGUGUGGGCUUCCCAAGCCCAAACGCCUUCCCAAAAGCAAGCACUACGACAAUGAGCUCUCCUGGAUUCAUGCUGAGCGGGCGCGCCUUGCGGCGUGCCUCGAGGAAGUCGAUAUCUUUUGUCAAGUCGACGCUAAGUCCAUCGCUGUCCUUGACGAUGAGAUUGCGGUCUGUACUCGUCGCGAUUUACAUUGGGAAUGUAUCGCUGAUAAAUAUCAGGUUCUCAAGAAAGAGGCCGAGGCUCAGGCCGGGGCAGCGGCCUCCGACGCCGAACAAAAGAGCCUUGAAGAGGAGGCUGCCGCUGCUACUGACGAGACCGAGGGCCUCGAGCCCAACACCUCCAACAGUCAUAAAACUAACACCGCUUUAGUAAUCCUUUCUACACCAGUACGACCUCCAUUUCCCUCCUUUUUUUAUAUGCUGACGUGUUUAAAGGAGCCGACUACAAUUACUUAUGCUUCUAUUCGAUCACUAAUGCCGAUGCCGAUGCCGAUGCCGAUGCAGAUUGAUGAACGGCGCCGGGGUGUGGCCCCGUGUAAACGAGGAUCUCCAGGGUGCCUGGCUUUUGGUGACAUGCCGUUGAAGAUCGCAGUGGAUUUCCUUCAAAGGAAUGAACGAUUCAAGGAUAACAGCGCCGGUUUAUCUUGCAAGUACCAUAGUUAUCAAUAUUCUCAGCUCUAUCAUACAAUCUCCCUAUGUCAAUUAGAGCAAACAAAGCGUGAACUGGCACUCGAGAGCAUGAAUACGACUGCUACGACGGGGUCAAGACUUGGCGAUAUUCGAGGAACUUCUCGCCCGCCGCAGUCAAUCAUACUUGAGUACGAUAUCUCAACGACGUAUCAAAAGCAAGCACCUUCAAAGAAAGGAUUUGCUCCUUGCACUUCACACGACAAGCACAACACCCAAUAUCGCCGUCGCGUACCUAGAGGAUGCUGUAUGAAAACAUGGCUGACAGAGAAAAUAGUACAAGCGAGCUCGGCUCGAUUUCAACACGGACGACCUCAAGGUAUGUUCAAAUCAAAUACUGAAGGCUACCUUGCUUCAGAGGCCGCAUUUGAGUGCAAGAGAACAAACACUGACAAGAGUUAUAGUAGUGCCAUCGAGGACGCCGAUUCCAUCAACACCAUGAACAACGACAUUGCGAAACUCAAGCAACAGGGUGCCGAGGAGGCUUUCGGUGUCUCCUCGGAGGAUUUCCUUCAGGAGAACCUCAGCGCUGCCGCCAAGGGCGGUGCCGAGGCCGAGGGUGUCGCGCCCACAUUUGAACUUUCAGCCAAACGCAAGAUCCUAGGCAACAGUGAGGGCGACGAGUAUUUUGCCCUGAGGCAAGCACCUACUGAUACCACUACCGCAUUUGAUGGACGAACGGUCAAAUUCAUGGCUUCCCAUGCCAAAGCGGUGUUUCAGUAUCCGGAGCCAGUCCCAUCACUGGACUACAACAGGCCCAGCACAACACACUUGGAGAGCGGCUGA